AGGACCACGCCUGUAGGGUCCUGUUAUCAAUCACCUUUCAGCCUCUUAAAAUGGCACCCCAAUCUACUCGGUCCCUCAUUUUCUGGCUGCAAACAUGGCCGACUCAUCUAGGCUAUCAUUUCAAUCAGCCACCACCGCCAAUAAACUUGCGGAAAACUCUACUGUCACUCUCGACAACAAGGUCGACCCAGACUCAUUUCUAGUGCUCUUCGAUGAGGGUGACCCAGCCAAUCCAAAGAACUGGUCUGUUGCAAAAAAGUGGUACCUCACUUCCGCUGCUGGUCUCCUGGUCCUCAAUGCCACCUUCUCGAGUAGUGCCCCAUCUAUGCUACUACCCACUUUCAUGGAGGACUUUAGCGUAUCCGAGGAGGUUGCAACGUUGACUGUUUCGCUUUUCGUGUGCGGUUACUGUGUUGGCCCUUUGCUUUGGGGACCGUUGUCCGAACAGUACGGACGACGCCCAAUAUUUAUUAUAUCUUUCUUCAUAUACAUGUGUUUCCAAAUUGGCUGCGCUUUGUCACAGAACAUCACAUCCAUGUUGGUUUUCCGUUUCCUUGGGGGUAUGUUUGCAGCUGCCCCAUUAGCAAAUUCAGGCGCGCUCAUAUCGGACAUCUGGGACGCAAAGCAACGCGGCACUGCUCUCGCCGUUUUCACUGUGGCUCCGUUUGCUGGUCCAGGUGUUGGACCAGUAGUAUCAGGAUACCUUGUUCUAGCUGGUGUAUCAUGGCGCUGGCUUUUUUGGAUAUUGACUAUCUUUGCUGGUGUCUGCUGGUUGCAGAUCAUUUUCACGAUGCCCGAGACAUAUAGUCCAGUGCUUCUUGCCAAGAAAGCUAAAGAGAUCCGGAAGCGCACUGGAGACGAGAAAUAUUAUGCUGCCACUGAAAUACAACGCAUAACAUUCUCACAGCGCAUAGAAAACAUUCUUGCUCGGCCUUUCAAAGUUCUCUUUACUGAGCCGAUGAUGAUGGCUAUAACUCUGUACAUGAGCUUUGUCUAUGGCUGUAUAUACCUGCUUUUCGAGGCCUAUCCUGUGGUUUUCACCGAGGGUCACAACUUGAAUGCGGGUGUUUCUGGACUCGUGUUCCUUCCGCUGCCCAUUGGCGGGUUUCUUGCGGUUGCAACGUACAUUCUCUUUUUUAACCCAAGUUACGAGCGCAAAGCUCAGGAAUGCGCACCAAACCCUGUGCCGCCAGAGUUUAGAUUGAGGGUCGCCAUGGUCUCAGCGCCAUUCCUUGUUAUAUCGUUCUUCUGGUUUGCAUGGACGUCCUUUCCUAGCAUCUCGAUAUGGGCCCCGAUGCUGUCGGGUGGAUUGCUCGGAUGGAGUAUUUGCUUGAUAUUCCUUGCCCUGAUUAACUACAUCAUCGAUGCAUAUUUGGCUGUCGCUGCCUCUGCGCUAGCUAUAGUUACUGUCGUUCGUAGUUUGUUCGGCGCUGGAUUUCCUCUCUUCGCCACUCAAAUGUACGAUGGGCUCGGCCCUGAAUGGGCUUCGUCACUACUUGGUUUCAUCGCUCUGAUCAUGAUGCCAAUUCCCUUCGUCCUGUCAAGAUAUGGAGCAACAUUGAGAUUCAAGUCGAAAUAUGCUCCUUCUGGACCCCUACCUUCAAGCUCGCCGGCAUAACUUAAUAACAACAUAUUUCAUGAUAUCAUAAAUACCCCAUACAUAUGAUACACACCGCAUACUUAUUAAAAAUAAUGCGCAGGCCUGAUCGCGGCAGAGCCGCUAUGGUCAGACUCAAACUAGUAUGAGGAACUCGCAUCGAUGGAUUGGUCAUGAUGCAGGAAGGCUACAAGUACAAAUAAAUGGUUCGUUGUCCCCGGACUGUAUAUGCGUAGUAGGAGAUCUGAAUAUUUAAGCACCUGUAUAUCGAAUAAGUUUAUUUAUUGCAUGGCUGUAAGCGCGCUGGCUUCAAGUUACUAGAGUUCGCAUAAUCUACAUAAAUACUGUCUGCGAUACUG